ACCAGGCACGGGGUGCGGCCAGCGGAUGCUCUGGAGCAUAACUGAGCAUCUCAUUUCUUCAACACGAGGCCCGACCGGGGCUGACCAGGUGGAGAAUAGCAAACUGAGCUCAGGGCUUCUACAGCUUUAAACUCAGGCUUUGCUUGUGGGCGCCGGACACAAGGUGGCGAGGGCCAGUGGCAACACACGGCAGAACUCGAGUGUCAGGGCGUCCCAGUGUCCAACACCGCCCCACGGUCCACGGGCGCUGAGUCCCCCAAGACCUUGGCCUUCUCGUCACAAGGAUGGUGUAACCUUGGGGUGGCUGGCGACGGCUGCCACGCUCCGAUGACAGUAAGCACUGGGGCCAGCCUGGCUUGCUGUGCUCCUCUCUCUCUCCCUCUUGACCCUGUGCUGUAAAGUCCCAUGGCACCGUCCCCAGGGCGUCACACAGGACACCAAGGUCACAGCAGGGGGGAGGGCCCUGGGGCCACCAGGCCUGACUCCUGCCAGCAGCACACUCUGUUCCUGGCCAGAGAGGCCUGGUGGCCUCUGGCACACUAGCUGCCUGCUGGCCAUCCUUCCAGCCGGAUGCCGGGGCCCGCCUGGGGCAGCGGGAGGAGACAGAGGACCACUGGGGCCCGAGGGAGCCCAUGUCUGCAGACCCCUCCAAUGCCCCCUGGCAAGGAGAGAAACGCUUUCCACUGCCACAUCCUCGUAGAGCUGGUGUUAUCACCCCAGGACUCAAGCCCAGCCGCCCAGGAGUGGACACUGCUGCUGGAGAAAGCCCUGACACCGGGGCUGACCCAGCCCAGACGGAACCAGCAUCCUCCCACAUGCCAAGAGCUGUCUUUGAAAGCUGUGCCAGCCGCGGUUCUCUGCCUUCUGGAACGGCGGGAAGGACGACAGCCAAGCCCGGGAGCUGCCGGGCAAGUUCUGCCCCCGGGGGCUCCUGUUGCCUCCAGAGAGGCCCCCAAGCCUCUACUCCAGCUUGGGCUCCCACCGUGGGCCCUCUGCUCAGGGCGCUCUGCAGCCGGCCCGAGACAUCUGGUCCGGAGGCCUCGGUGGGCCCGGGCAGGGAGCUCACUGCCUCCUCUGGGCCAUCUGAUCCCCAGCUGCGAGAAUAUGGCACAAGUGACGGCGUGUGACUUCCGGGGUGAGGUCGUCAGAGGCACUGUGGCUGCCUCCUUGCGUCUCUCAGAGUUGCCAUGUUGUGAGGAUGCUCAAGCGGCCCUUGGAGAAGCCCAUGUUUCGGGGAACUGGGGCCUGCAGCCAGGAGCCACCGUCUUGGCAGCUGCUCCUCCAGCCCCGGGCUGAGCCUUCAGAUGAGACAGCAGCCCCGGCCAGCAGCCGGAUCACAUCAGAGGUUCUGAGCCAGAAUCGCCCAGCUGAGACACUCCUGAAUCCCUGAAUGGUAAGUCUGGGAUGGCCUGUUACACAGUGAGGAUAACAGACACAGUGAGGAUAACAGACAGACACAGCGAGGGCCCCCUGCUCUACUGAUCAAGCUCCACUCUGCCAUUCUCUCUUCCUAUUUCCCUUCCUUCUGGAGCCCGAGAAGUUUAAGCAUCUACAAGCACCCUGUGCCUUUACCCCGAGUCUGCAGAAUGGGCCCCUCUGAUGCCAGCAGAGGCUACGAAUCAGCCCCCUCACUUUUCCAGCAUUCCUCAGCAAACUGGCCUCUAUUCUUUGAACCCCAACAACCCUACAAGAAAGGGAGUGUGACUGUGCCCGUUUCACAGGCGGGAGAGGCCAGGCUCGGAUCCAAAGGCCAACAGUCAACAGCAGCGCUGGGAUUACCUGAACACGGCACCUGUGUCCAUCUACACAAGGCUGCAGGGGUCUGAGGCCAGCUCUGCCCGGCCCUGCAGCCCACAGGCGGCCUCCAGAGACAGAGGGGAGAAGGAGGGGGGUAGGGAAGGGAGGCAGGCGAUGCUGUCACUGCAGCUCCCAGGGAUUGGUCCCCGAGGCCCGGGGAACAGAUGUGAGGUCACUGCCCAGUGCCCGCAUGACUAGCUGGCCAGCCGGCAACCCGGGCAGACACACUGUGACCGUCAGCGGCCAGCGCUGGGCAGGGUGGUACAGAGCUGCUGGGACAGGCAGGCGGCAGCCACAGGGCAAGUUCCAGGCCAGACCCCAAACUGUCACACGCCCCUUAAGGCUGUUGGUGGCCGUCUUCGGGUGAUGGAGAGAGAAGCAAUUCUCUCAUGUGUAUCCUUUUAACUUCCCUAUGUUCUAAUUUUUAUGCAGGGAACCAGUUUUUUUUUUUUUUUUAAAGGGGGUACUGGAAGAGAUGGAGACCCGCCUGCACGAAGUCGUCACAAGCAACAAGAGCACGCGGCGUCCCCUAGACCAGGGGCUCCCGCCAGCCAGGGGUGAGAGCCGAGGGGACUGGAGCGCCCCUGCUGGAACCCAAACCCAAUCCUCACCUGAAGCCCUGACCCCUUCCUGGUGACCAGGUCCCCGUGGGCUGGUCCACCCUCUGCCUCCUCCCUCCCUCCUUCCUGGAGUCAGCUGCCACCUGAAUGUCAUUGUCACAUUCCUGCUGGCAUCCAGUGCCCCCCCCCCCCGCCAGCCCUCUGCUGAGCCUGCCCUUCCCCUCCCGA